ACUCGCACGCAUUUUCCUACUGGACGCUGCGCCGUAUUGUGACGUGUUUUCGCGAAAUGUGAACGGACGAAUUGUUAUAACAGAAAUUUCAUAAUUUUAAAAGUAAAAAUAUAUUGAGCCUCGAACAAUCGUAAUGCAUUAAGAUAUCGUCGAUUAAUUUUAUAUUUAUGUUGAUACAAAAUUAUAGACGCGCGCGGACAACUGCGCUGCAACUUGUUAAUGGCGCACUCCGCGAGGUGGCGCACGUGUGCAAUGAUUUGCCGUUCGCUGUGUCAGUCUUACGGAAGAGGAGGUUUGCUUAGCAUUUAGGAAAAAUAUUUCGUUAAGAAAAUGACGUGUGUCUCAAAUUUCUGUGCUCGCGUAUCGUGAUACGUCAUAGAAUUAUUCCUUUCAGUGUCCGGCAAGUUUAUUCGUGGCAGUUUGUUUCGUUUUUUUCCCUCUCUUCGUCUUUCUCUUUCUUUGUGUGCUCGAGUGUAUCUUAGGGACCUGUAGCUAACCUAAAUAUUCGACAGCCGUAACGUAAUUUCUCUGUGACACGUCGCCAACGAAUACUUCGUUAUUGGUCCUUGAAAACUAUAGUGUGAAUGAACGUGGACAGUCAUUGAACAGAUAAGAUAUUAGUGACGUAUUAAUAUAGAGGUAACCAUGGAGGACGGCCAUUGCAAAACAGUGGAAGAAGUAUUAGAGUACUUUAGCGUCGAUCCUGAUAAAGGAUUAUCUAUUGAUCAAGUUAAGAGGAAUCAGGAGAAAUAUGGUCUCAAUGAAUUGCCGGCCGAGGAGGGAAAGUCCAUAUGGCAACUCGUCCUGGAGCAAUUCGACGACCUUCUAGUUAAGAUUCUUCUAUUAGCCGCUAUUAUUUCUUUUGUAUUAGCUUUAUUUGAAGAGCACGAAGAUGCGUUCACGGCCUUCGUCGAGCCCUUCGUUAUUUUGCUCAUCCUGAUCGCCAACGCCGUGGUCGGUGUGUGGCAGGAACGCAACGCUGAAUCUGCGAUCGAGGCGUUGAAGGAGUACGAGCCCGAGAUGGGCAAAGUGUUGCGUAUGGACAAGCCCGGUGUCCAGAGGAUUCGUGCCAAGGAGAUCGUGCCCGGCGAUGUGGUGGAAGUGUCCGUCGGUGACAAGAUCCCUGCCGAUAUCCGUCUAACCAAGAUCUUCUCGACCACCCUCAGGAUCGACCAGUCUAUCCUGACCGGUGAAUCAGUCUCGGUUAUCAAGCAUACGGACCCUGUUCCCGACCCACGUGCCGUCAAUCAGGACAAGAAGAACAUCUUGUUCUCCGGCACGAACGUAGCCGCGGGCAAAGCUCGCGGUGUGGUGAUCGGAACGGGGUUGAACACCGCUAUCGGUAAGAUUCGUACCGAGAUGUCCGAGACGGAGGAGAUCAAGACGCCCCUUCAGCAAAAGCUGGACGAGUUUGGUGAACAAUUGUCUAAGGUUAUCUCCGUAAUCUGCGUGGCUGUCUGGGCCAUCAAUAUUGGACACUUCAACGAUCCCGCCCACGGUGGAUCGUGGAUCAAGGGCGCCAUCUACUAUUUCAAGAUUGCCGUUGCUCUUGCCGUAGCCGCCAUUCCCGAAGGUUUGCCGGCUGUGAUCACCACUUGUUUGGCUUUGGGCACGCGUCGUAUGGCGAAGAAGAAUGCCAUCGUCCGAUCCUUGCCAUCCGUCGAGACCCUUGGCUGUACCUCUGUCAUCUGCUCGGACAAGACUGGUACAUUGACUACCAAUCAGAUGUCUGUCAGCCGUAUGUUCAUCUUCGACAAGAUCGAGGGGAACGACAGCAGCUUCCACGAGUUCGAGAUCACCGGCUCCACCUACGAGCCGGUCGGUGAGAUAUUUUUGAGAGGAAAGAAGAUCCGCGGCCAAGAUUACGAGACGCUCCACGAGAUUGGCACUAUCUGUAUCAUGUGUAACGAUUCCGCCAUCGAUUUCAACGAGUUCAAACAAGCAUUCGAGAAAGUAGGCGAGGCAACGGAGACCGCCCUCAUCGUUCUCGCGGAGAAAAUCAAUCCUUACGGUGUCUCGAAGAGCGGGUUGGACAGGCGUAACGCGGCCAUCGCUGUAAGACAAGACAUAGAGACGAAAUGGAAGAAGGAAUUCACCUUGGAAUUCUCUCGCGAUCGUAAAUCUAUGUCUUCUUACUGUUCGCCCUUGAAACCGACGAAAUUGGGCACCGGGCCGAAACUCUUCGUCAAAGGCGCCCCAGAGGGUGUGCUGGACAGGUGCACGCACGCUCGUGUCGGAUCUACCAAGGUUCCUCUUACAUCCACUUUGAAGAACCGUAUCUUGGAUCUGACUCGCCAAUACGGUACUGGCCGAGAUACCCUUCGCUGUCUUGCCCUUGCCACUGCUGACCACCCGAUGAAACCUGACGAUAUGGAUCUUGACGAUUCCACGAAAUUCUACACGUACGAGAAGGAUCUCACGUUCAUCGGUGUCGUUGGUAUGCUCGACCCACCUCGCAAGGAAGUGUUCGACUCCAUUGCCAGGUGUCGUGCCGCUGGUAUCCGUGUAAUAGUCAUCACUGGAGACAACAAGGCUACCGCAGAAGCUAUCUGCAGACGUAUAGGUGUGUUCGGUGAAAACGAGGACACGACCGGGAAGUCGUACUCUGGACGCGAGUUCGACGAUCUUCCUCCGUCGGAACAGAAGGCCGCCUGCGCCAGGGCUCGUCUAUUCUCACGUGUGGAACCUGCUCACAAGUCUAAGAUCGUUGAGUUCUUGCAAAGUAUGAACGAAAUCUCGGCUAUGACUGGUGAUGGUGUAAAUGACGCACCCGCCUUGAAAAAAGCCGAGAUUGGUAUUGCUAUGGGUUCUGGAACCGCUGUUGCGAAAUCCGCAUCUGAGAUGGUAUUGGCCGACGACAAUUUCUCUUCCAUUGUCGCGGCUGUUGAGGAAGGUCGUGCGAUCUAUAACAAUAUGAAACAGUUCAUUCGUUAUCUGAUCUCUUCCAAUAUUGGUGAAGUCGUAAGUAUAUUCUUGACUGCCGCCCUUGGUCUUCCCGAAGCUCUAAUCCCUGUACAACUUUUGUGGGUCAAUUUGGUCACUGACGGUCUUCCAGCUACUGCGCUUGGUUUCAAUCCACCCGAUUUGGACAUCAUGAGCAAGCCUCCCCGUAAAGCCGACGAAUCUCUUAUUUCUGGCUGGUUGUUCUUCCGCUAUCUGGCUAUUGGCGGAUAUGUAGGUGCUGCGACUGUUGGCUCAGCUGCAUGGUGGUUCCUGUACAGUCCGAAUGGCCCACAGAUGAAUUAUUACCAAUUGACUCAUCAUUUAGCGUGCAUGGGUGGUGGCGAGGAAUUCAAGGGCCUUAACUGUAAGAUUUUCACAGAUCCUCAUCCCAUGACGAUGGCUCUGUCUGUACUCGUAACCAUUGAAAUGUUGAACGCUAUGAACAGUUUAUCUGAAAAUCAAUCUCUCAUCACUAUGCCGCCCUGGUCUAACAUGUGGCUCAUUGCCUCCAUGGCUCUUUCUUUCACACUUCACUUUGUCAUCCUUUACGUCGAUGUCCUUUCGUCUGUAUUCCAAGUUACCCCACUGACGAGCGAGGAGUGGGUUACCGUUAUGAAGUUUUCCAUUCCAGUGGUACUUCUCGACGAAACCCUAAAGUUCAUUGCCAGAAAGUUUACAGAUGCAUCUGGAGUGAUCAAGACGUCAAAACUGGAAUUGUCCGCUUCGUUGCUAACGUGUGAACGCAGAGAAUGUGCAUGAAGUUCAGAAAUUAAUGGAUCUCAAUGUUUGAACCUGUCUAUUAUUAUGUCUUCCUCCCUUCGACGAGUAAUUGCAUGCACAAUUGUAUUCUACCAAUGGUACAUCCCAACUAAAAGAAAGGAAAAAAAAAUAUUCACUCACCUCGUAGAACAAUCACUGUCAAUGGUUAGCAAAUCCUGCUGUGCUUCACCUAACUCAUCUCCACGAUGAUACUCAAUUGUUUCACCUUACAACUCUAUUAAUCAAUAUUUAGCCUGGUUCUCAAGUAAGACUCAACUACAACUAUUUACAGGUAAAGAAUAAAAUUUAUAUAUAUAUAUAUUUUUUUUUAAUUGUCAUUGUUAUAAAUUAUGUUGGCACGGCAGGAUCAUUCUAACAUCUUUGCACUAUCAUUGCAUCCACGCUAUUAUCUUUACGUAUACCUUAUUGGGUGUAACUUAUAUAUAUAUAUAUUUGAAUGAUUAAUACCACGUAAUAGAUUUGUAAUAUUAUUAAUUUAUUAGACAAGGAUUGUAAGAGUUUGUGCUCGUAAGAAAAAAAAUCGAACUUUACGAUCAAUGACUUCUCACAAUCCAUGUCUCGUCGUAUUAAUCUCGUCCUUCUCUUAAUAUGGUAGUCUGAAAACGAGAACGCUCGAUGAGAAGGUACAUGUUCGUUCCUAUUAGCGACAAUGAUAGUUUAUGAACGAUUCGAGGCAUUCGAGUCUCACGAUUUAACUCUUUCAUUAUAGAAUUAGGUAAGUAGAGGAAGAUAGUCUAAGUAAAUUUGAAUAAAUGAAGAAUUUGUAUGAAAGUAUGCGUUUUUAGACAAAUAAAUAAUAUUAACUUUAAUGAAUUUUCAAUAAGUCGAUAGAAAUAAUCCAUCGUAAUGAAAGAGUUGACAUCAAUACGAAACGUUCAUUGUCCAACAAUCUACAUUCCUUGCAAAGAUAAUUAUGAUUAAUAUGUAAUAUAAUUGAUAAUGAAAAAAAAAAAUUAUUUUAACUGUAACGAACUAUCCCGAACAGUAAAUGUUAAAAUCUCUAAUAAUAAAUCUACCUUCUUUACUCUAAACGUUAGCUCUGUUCUUUAUCAACAGAACAAAUAGACUUCUUUUAAAAUAAUCAGAAUUAAUAUAUAUAGUUGAUUGUUAUAAUUAAUACAACAUAAAUAUGUUGUUAAAUCUUGAAUUUGAUCAAUUCUUGCCACGUUAUUGAAGACUAAUGAAACAUUGUCCAAUCUAACCUAACAUUUAUAUUCUGCCUUGUAGAUACUUUCAUAUGCCAUCAUCAAUUACUAUUUGUUCGUGUUGUUAUUUUAACAACAUAGUUAACGGUGUUGAAAUGUCGAGCAAUGUUUCGAAUUCAGACUUGCCAUCAGAGACAGAAACACACAUUCUAUAUUAUAAUACACGCGCCACAUGCGAACAAUGGAAGAUCCGGUGUCAUCACGAGUAUACGUGGGCCUUUUUAACGCAUCUAACUGUCUCUUAAUCAUUUCUCUCAUUCGAGGUUUUAUAAAUCAUACGGCAUUAGGAAGAUACCAGAAGAUAAAUAAGUAUCGUUCGGCCAAAUCUCUUUUUGUUUCUUUUUUUUUUUUUUUUUUUUUUUUUUUUUUUUCUUUUUUUCUCUUGCGAGAAAGGAAAGCGAAAAAUAGUUAAAAAAUUGAAAACCUGCUUCUCGACCAUAUGCAAAUGCAAUAAGACUGACGAUGUGGCUUUGAGAAGCGGUUUUAUGUGUGCUUUUUUUUUCUUUUUGCGUGUAGAAAAGACGAGACAAGAAGACGUUUCUCUCUUUUUUGCCCGUAUAAUUUUUUUUUCUCUCUCUCUCUUUGUAUGUCCACCAUGUUCGUACGACGCGACGAGUGCAUAAUUAAUUUAAUUCUACGUAGCGUCAUCCGCAAUGUUUACAAUUAGUGUAAUAUAUAUAAAUAUAUAUUAAUUAUCGGUUAGGGUGUGAUACUUUUGGUAUAGGCAUAAUUAAACUUAAUUAGAUCCAUGAUGCAAAAAUCCGUGAAAAAAAAAAGAAAAAGAAAAAAAGAAAAGAAAAAUAAUUUGUACUAUUUAAUCGUCCAUGCGUUUGGGAUGCAGCGUUGAAGCGUGCGCAUACCCUUUGCAUCGCUUUUUUUUUUAUUUUCAUUUUCAUUCGUUUCUCUUCCUUCUAUACCUUAUUCAACUAACUUGUGUUUUAAUCGAAAUAAUGGAAUUCAUAUUUUAUACAGCGAAAUAUCUAUCGUCACGAGUAUCGGCACGAUCUUCUUCGACAAUUCUGUGCGAAUUUCUGUGUAGAAACGAACAGAAACAUAAAAUGUGUAAGAUGAAUUUAAUUAAGUAUUUAAUCUCUUUCUGUUUUUUUUUUCCUUUUUUUUUUUUUUCCUUUUUUUCUUUCCUUUUUAAUUAUUAGCACAGAAAUAUCAGAAGCAUCACGAUGUCGAUACAAUCAGAGAAAAGAAAAAUUAAAAAUUAAAAAUGAAAAGAAAAAAAAUAUAUAUAUGAAACAGUCUUAACAGCACUUGAUCGACGCUCAAUAAACGUUGAUGAACGAGAGAAAUUUUGUACUUUCUUGCGUUCACUCGACGUUUCGAACGUUUGUAAGUACUUGCAUAUUGUGUGGAUUGUGUUCUCUUUCUUUCUCGCUUUUUUCUUCUUCUUUCUUCUCAUUGUUUUUUUUUUAUCUCUUACUUUUUUCCCUCUCUCUUACAAAAGAUCCGUGAAAAGGAAAAAAAAAAAAAAUCGUGGAGCAGUAGAGAGUGCCAUCGACGAGAGAGAAAUCGAACGAAGCGUUGGACAAGCGAUUUCGACUCGUGUUCUCGAAGCUGUAUCUUCUUCGAUCGGCGAUCGAAAGAGAAAUUAUUAUGAAUUCUAUUUUCACCUAUCUUGUAACUUAAACCGUCUCGUUCCUUCCAUAUCUGAAGAAGAUAUAAUUCGAAACGAGUUAAUUUUUUGAAAUUAAAAGAAGAAGGAAAGAGAAAUGAAAUAAAAAUUUUUUGAAUCGAAAGAAAAUUCGUCCAACGCUUUGAUCAACCUAAUCUAAUACGAUAAAGUUACGAUGAUGAAAGCAUCGGUCGCAUCGUUCGUACAGGAAGUACCUAUUUCUAAUGAUAAUAAUAAUAUUAAUAAUAAUAAUAAUAAUAAUGAUAAUUAAUAACUUAUGAUAGAGAGUGCGACUAUUUGAAUGAUCAUUUUGAUGCAUACUACUAUCAACCGUCACAGACGCACGUUGUGGCGAGCCACGGUGUGAUGAUCCUAAUUAAUCAAUGCCCGAUAGUACGAAUUUAACGGUCUAACAGUAAUUACGGGACGAUCAUGUACACGAAAAAUGAAAAUAAUACUUCAAAUCCGCAAAUUAUUCGCAAGAUCGUUGAUACGAAACAGAACGCUCUAUAUAUAAUGUAUACAAAUAUCGAUCGAUAACUGCGAAUCGAAACAGAAAACAGAACAUUCUUAUCGAUCGAGUCACAGGCGACGGAUGUUCAGGGUACGAAUAUAUUCGAGAUCUGUUCUCGAGAAUAUUUUCUAAUCGAAUGGACAUCGAAUCGAAAGUACGAUAAUCAUUUUCAACGCUGUGUCCAUUUUCGAAAAAAAAUGUUCUUUUCGAGAACAACUCUCAAUAGAUUUAUACCCUUAGUAAAAAGAA